AUGCUGGAUAACACACUGACCUACGAGAAACUUGAGGACUUAAAUUCACUAUCAAUUGAACAGCAUUGUGAAAUCUCUGCUGUUUUAAUCCCAGUUUUUAACUUAACUGUCAUAACUGUAUACAGGUUACCAAACCCGAAAGGAAGUUUUGUGAUUUUCAUGGAGAUCAUUGAAAAGGUAUGUAACAAGGUCAACUUUAAGAGGGGUAAUGUUUUGAUCGUGGACGAUUUUAAUGUAUGGUUCAAAAAUGUAAACAGGCAGGAUGAUGACGUUGAUGCAUCAAGAUUAAUUGACCUGCUCAAUGGUUUUGGUCUAUCAAAACUUGUUGACUUGCCUACCAGAAAUGCCAACACAAUUGAUAAUGCUUUCACAAACAUAAUAAAUACUCAUGUUGAUGUUAUGUUAAACAUACAAAAGUUCCCAUACUUACUAGACCUAUUACAAAUAGGGGCAGAAAUGACAUCUUUCCAAACUAAGAACAGGGUCUUGGGUAUGGCAGUUGAGGCCAACACUAGGGCACUGUUCACAUCCCGCCUCAAGUGGCUAAAAGUGCUGUUGCUAUAUGACGACAAAAUCGGCCAAAGUACAUCGGUUCUUCAUCCCUUGGACAUGAAAUCUUCGUUAAAAUUAAAAUCGUAG